AUGGCGCCCCUCCUCCGCCCCCUCGUCCUCGCGCUCCUGAUCGCGUCCUGCGCCGCGCAGCAGGCGCCGCCGGCGCAGCCCCCGCAGACGCCGAACGCGCCGCCGCAGGCGCCUCCAGCGGGCAACCCGCCGCCGGCGCCCCAGGCGCCUCCGGCCGGCAACCCGCCUCCCGCCCCCACCAACCCUCCUCCGGCUCCGACCACGCCGCCCCCGGCGCCGACCACCCCUCCUCCGGCCCCCACUACGCCGCCCCCGGCCCCGAUGACUCCUCCUCCAGCACCGACCACGCCGCCGGCCUCUCCCCCGCCCGCCCCCACCACGCCGCCGCCGUCUCCCCCGGCGAGCCCGCCGCCCGCUCCCGCCACCCCGCCCCCGUCCCCGCCCAUGGCGCCGCCUCCGGCCACGCCUCCUCCCCCCGCCACCCCGCCUCCCGCCGCGCCCACGCCGGCCCCGAGCACCGCCCCGACGCUCCCGCCGGUGGCGACACCGGCCGCAUCCCCGAAGAGCCCCAAGACCCCGAGCCCCGCCGCCGCGACGUCCCCGGCGCCCGCGCUCUCGCCCGCGGGCACGCCGACGACCGAAGACUCGGGUGCGAGCGCCGCGCGCGCGGCCGCCUUCGCCACGGUCGUGGCGUUGGCGGGCGCGGGCCUCGCUGUCCUGCUUUGA